GUUUUUUCAAGAAACCAAGGUGCUGCAAGAUGGCGCUCGAAAUCGUGGCCGUGCAGGACAAGUGGGCCGAGCUGCUCCCGCCCAAGAUCCCGCUGCGCUACGCCUUCUUCCGGUACCUUGGCUUCUGCAUCAAGAAGCUUGGCGUGGGCGGGCACACGUCGACAGGCGCGCAAAAGCUGGGUCUGCGUGCUGCAGUUUGGUUCCGUGUCAGCAGUAGCAAGGGCCUUAUCCUCGAGCAGUGUGUUCGAAGCGCCUUCAGCGACGGGACCUACUACGUGCAAGACUUGGCCUUCCAGGACGAAGGUCUUCACACAUUCACAGUAUCCGUCGAGGCGCCUACGCUGGCUCCGAUUGCACCACUUGUGUUGACCAUGAGCAUCCACCACUUCAUGCGAAUCGAAGAUGAGCCAAUGCUUCUCAAAGGACCGUAUGCACCACUGCGUCGGCUCGUCAACCCGCGGCUGUCCGCAGACCCGCCACAAGCUCUCGACGGUACCGAGGAUGGCAUCGUGCGGGAACUCAAGACGAUCAAGCAUAGCCUGCGCGCUUGUGAUGCCAAGUGGUGGAUGCGAGCGUGCGAUACCCAGGGUGACCUUGAGGAGCAAAAGCAGCGGAGUCUGCAGAAAACAUCAAUGGAACAUGAAGACCGCCCGUAUCGUCGAAAGCCCGUCCGACCCAUUCGAUCGGGUGACAAGCGAGACCAUGACGGGUACUUUGAAGGGCGUCAAAGAGACAUUAAACGUCAGCGCCGAGGCGAAAUGCGCAUCUUCUCAGUCGAAGCGCUCUCAGCAAACGAAACCAAUAUUAUCUUCAGCAAGAAAGAGCUGCACCAGCAACUCGCGUUGUAUGCGCAGAGAUAACGCCAAUUUGGAUCCGUAAAUAUGGCUCUUGCCACAUUUAUAUAAGUAGGUCCCCCUACCAAGGUAACCGCUCAGUGAAAAUCUCAUCUUGAAUUUUGUAUCAAACACAUCAAA